AUGGAUGGUUAUGAAAAACUUCAAAGCUGUGCAAAGAAAGCUGUUAUCAAAAGAUCAGUGACAUACCCAGAUUGGCCAAACAAAGGAGUUUCCUUCCUCGAUAUUUCACCGUUGUUCCUUUCAUAUGAGGAUUUCGAUACACUGAUAAACUACUGGCAAUAUAGAUUCCAAGAUGUGCAACUGGUCGUUGGUCUUGAAGCCCGUGGUUUCAUUCUGGCCACUGCCAUUUCACAACGUCUAAAGAUCCCAAUGAUGAUGAUGCGUAAGAAGGGAAAGCUCCCAGGUAAAACACUCUCUGAGUCAUACACCAAGGAGUACGGUAAAGACGAGUUUGAGAUCCAGGAGGACGUCUUCAGACAUCUGUCGCCAGCCACCAAGAGUUGCAAGAAUUUCCACGUACUGAUAGUUGACGAUAUCCUGGCCACCGGUGGAACCUUGUGUGCCUCUAUAGAGUUGGUCAGAAAGCUGUUGAAAGCAAACAGCAUGACCAACGCCAAGAUUUCAACCUCGUUGAUCUCCUCUAUAAAGUGUCUCAAAGGCAAAGAGAAUAUCUAUGAGAAGUACAAUGACGUUUCAAUUGAUGUCAUUCAUGAGAUUUAA